AUGGAAUCUUUUCAAGUACUAGAUGAGAAAGAUGUUUCUACUCUGAUUCGAAAAUCAGCUAAAAAAACAUGUAAAUCGGAUCCAAUGCCUACUUCAUUAAUUAUUGAUUGUCUGGAUGUUUUGCUCCCUUUUAUCACCAAAAUGGUUAAUGUGUCAUUAACAACAGGUCAUUUCCCAAAUGCAUGGAAAGAAGCUCUUGUCAGUCCGCUGUUCCAGAAAGGAUGCGAAGAUAUGGAAUACAAGAACUUGAGACCUAUAAGUAAUCUGCAAUUUGUUUCCAAAAUCACCGAGAAAGCAGCAUCUGAUCAAAUCUAUAACCAUAUUUUGGCUAAUAAUGUGCACGUGUUUCCCCCACUACAGUCUGCUUACAGGAAACACCAUGGCACAGAAACGGCGCUCCUUAAAGUUAUAAACGAUAUCCACGUUAACAUGAACAAUCAACAGGUAACGUUAUUAGUAUUUCUGGAUUUGAGCUCCGCGUUUGAUACUGUUGACCAUGAUAUUUUGAUUAAUCGUAUACAAACAAGUUUUGGAAUAACAGACACUGCUUUACUGUGGUUAAAAUCAUAUCUAUCUGGCCGCUCUAUACGUGUCAUUAUUGACGAAAGUACAUCGGAAAGCCUUAACAUACCUUACGGUGUUCCACAGGGAUCAUGUCUAGGCCCAUUAUUGUUUACCAUUUAUGCUAGCAAACUCUUUGAAGUGGUAAAACAUCACCUACCAAAUGCUCAUGCUGAUGAUACCAAGCUUUAUCUAGCAUUCAAACCUGAAACCACACAAUGUCAAGAAGAUGCGAUGGAAGCUAUGGAGAAAUGUAUCAAAGCUGUAAGAGCAUGGAUGGUAACUGAUAAAUUGAAGCUGAACAAAGGAAAAACAGAAUUCAUGAUUAUUGGGACUCGUCAACAGCUGAAGAAAGUCACAGUUGACCAGUUAUUGGUUGGCGACAUGCGUGUUACUCCUGUUAGCAAUGUGAAAGACCUUGGAGUAUGGUUGGAUUCUCAUCUCAAGUUUGAU